CGGCUGGGAGGAAGAGGGCGGCAAUGCGCGCCUUGGCCGCGUCCGGGCCCAACGCGUCCUGGUGGGCGCUGGCCAACGCAUCCGGCUGUCCCGGCUGUGGCACCAACGAUUCGGACGGCCCGGCCCCGGCGCCGUGGCCCGUGGACGCCUGGCUAGUGCCUCUCUUCUUUGGCGCGCUGAUGCUGCUGGGCCUGGCAGGGAACUCGCUUGUCAUCUUCGUCAUCUGCCGCCAGAAGCAGAUGCGGACGGUGACCAACUUCUACAUCGCCAACCUGGCGGUCACAGACUUGACGUUCCUGCUGUGCUGCGUGCCCUUCACCGCUCUGCUCUACCCGCUGCCCGCCUGGGUGCUGGGCGACUUCAUGUGCAAGUUCCUCAACUACAUCCAGCAGGUCUCGGUGCAGGCCACGUGCGCCACCCUGACCGCCAUGAGCGUGGACCGCUGGCUCCGCGGCCGUGUCGGCGCCCGUUCUCGCCCUACAUCGCCUCUCGCCCGGACCGCGCAUCUACUGCAGCGAGGCCUUUCCCAGCCGCUCCUUCGAGCGCGCCUUCGCGCUCUACAACCUGCUGGCGCUCUACCUGCUGCCUCUGGUCGCCACCUGCGCCUGCUACGGGGCCAUGCUGCGUCACCUGGGCCGGUCCGCAGUGCGCCCCGCGCCCGGCGACAGCGCCCUGCAGGGGCAGCUGCUGGCGGAGCGAGCGGGCGCUGUGCGGGCCAAGGUCUCGCGGCUGGUGGCGGCCGUGGUCUUGCUCUUCGCCGCCUGCUGGGGCCCCAUCCAGCUGUUCCUGGUGCUGCAGGCGCUGGGCCCGGCGGGCGCAUGGCACCCGCGCAGCUACACAGCUUACGCGCUCAAGAUCUGGGCUCACUGCAUGUCCUACAGCAACUCGGCGCUGAACCCCCUGCUCUACGCCUUCCUGGCCUCCCACUUCCGUCAGGCCUUCCGCCGCGUCUGCCCCUGCGCUCCCCGGCGACCCCGCCGGUUGGGACCCUCGGACCCGGCCACCCCCCAAACCGAGCUGCACUGCCUGACCGCCCACCAGGCCCCCGCCAGGCCCCCGAAGCCAGGCAGCGGUGGGCUGGGGCCGCGCAGGCUGUGUGUACUGAGGGAGCACGCUGCCCCUCUCUGAGCCCUCUCUGGGGGAAUCAAGAUGAGCCCCUCUGGAACGGGAGCUGCUUAAACGGCAGCUGCUGUAAUUCUGCUAUCAAUGUCUUUAUUUUGGUCCAUGUUCAUCAUAGCGAACAUGUUUUGCGCUCUUGUACCACUUGGCCACUAUCGAUAUUGUAAUUAUUAUUUCUGUGUUUCCUAAAGUUGAAGAUGCUUUGCUGAUGGCACUUUCUGGAACUUUCAAGGAAGCAUCAAUAGACGUUUUCACAUACUGCCUUGCAGUUGACUGUAAACUUAUAAGAUUCAUGCCAUUUUCAGAGAAGUUAAA